UGAUAUUCCAAAUACAGAAGCAAGACCAAGCUCAAGAAUUCAACCUAAUAAAGAAGAAAAAAGAAGUCAAUUUUUAACUAUAGAUGAUUUAAUAAAAUGGAUAUCAAAACUGAAAAAUAAGAACAAUAAAAAGCUUAGAUCAAAGCCAAUUCCUAAAACUAACGAAGAAUGGUACGAUUUAAUAGAAAUAGAUAAUGAAAAAGAUAGCAAACCAAGUGAUGAUGUGGAACAUCUAAGCUCUGCUUCUUCAGAAUAUGAUACCGCUGAAGAAGAUCCUGAUGUUUAUUUCGAAAAAAUCAACGAUCCAUACAUUAAUAGAAUAACAGAAACUGAAAAAUUUAAUGAAAGUGAAGUAUGUGAUUAUUAUGCUUUUGUUCCAAAAGAAUAUUAUGCUGAAGGUGAGCCUUUAGCCUUCUUUGAAUCAAUCGAAGAAAAAAUAGAGAAUAUAUACAAAAAAGAAUUAACUUUAAAGGGAGGGUUAAAAGUAAGAAUCGUGUUAUAUGCAUAUAUGAAGAAAAUAGAGCCAGAAACCCAAGAACCUAAAUAUAAAACUUUUCCGUUCAAACAUGAAACUAUAGAAAUUAUUAGAGAAGAUCGAAUUAACGCAACUAUAGAAAAAGGAUAUAACGAAAUUAUAGACCAGAUUGAGGAUGAAGCAAUACAAGAAUCAGGAUGGUCUUUUGUUCGAGCAGAAGAGGUAUUUCUCGAAAUAAGCGCAUUCAGACCUUUGCGUGGUAGUAGCUAUUUAUCUUUACCAGAAGCUUUGGAUAAACCUCAACUAGGAUUAAUUAAUCCUCAAAAUAGAGACGAUAAUGAAUGUUUCAAAUGGUGUAUAAGUGCAUAUCAUAUAAGAGAAGAAGCAAUAAAAAAUAAUAGAAAGCCACCACAUCUUAAUGAAAUCCGUAGACUUAGACGAAAUGCAAAUAUAGCAAAUUAUGAAGGCAUAAAAUUUCCAGCAACAUUACACGAUAUUGAUAAAUUCGAAGAAAUUAACCCUAACUAUGCUAUUAAUAUAUUUAGACCAGUUUAUAGUGAAGCUUUUGGAAAAAUAAAAGUAGAUAUAGACCCAUUACAUAUUUCAGAACGAAAUUAUCAGGUCGAACAUAUGAUAGAUUUAUUAUAUUUAACAGAAAGUGAGGAGAAUUUAAAUGAUCGAAAAAAUCCUAAUGAUAUACCUGAAGGACUUAAAACACAUUAUAUUCUUAUAACAGAUUUUACUCGAUUGAUGCAUAAAUGGAAUAAUCAUCAUGAUAAAAAAUACUUUUGCCGAAAAUGCUUACGAUUUCCUUAUAGUCGACUAGAUUUAUUAGAAAAGCAUAUUCCAACAUGUACAGGAGCAAGUAAAGCGCCACAACGAUUAAUCCUUCCUGAAGAGGGUAAGAAUUAUGUAAAACCCAAGUAUAUCAAAAAUAUGUUAAUGAAGCCUUAUUUAAUUAGUAUGGAUUUAGAAGCAGAAGAAGUCAAAGUAGAGGAAAAAGAUAAAGAAGGAAAUACUAUAAAAAUAGCGGAGCAAAAAGCAGUUUCAUAUGGAUAUACAAUACAUUGUUCAGAUGGAACAACACAAAAGCCAGUAAUUAAUCGAGAGUCAGAAAAUAUAAUAAAAGACUUAAUGGAAAAUCUUCAAGAAGAUCUAGAUGUUAUUUUAGAUAAGCUUCGUAUUCCAAUUCCAUGUGAAAAAAUGAUGCCUGAAUUAUGGCGAAAAUAUCAAAUGGCAAGUAAAUGUUGGGGAUGUGAAGAAAAUUUACAUGAAGCUGGAUAUAAUAAAAUUCGUGUAUUUGAUCCUGAAACUAAAAAAUACUUGGGUGCUUCACAUAGAAAAUGUCAUGGAAAAAGAUCAAUGAUUAAAGCAAAAGUGACAGAUGAAAAAAUAGUGCCUAUAGCAAAUAAUUCUGAGCAGUAUAUUACUUUCUUAGUUGGUCAGCUUCAAUUUAUUGAUAGUUUAAAAUUUUCGUUACCUGGUUUAGCUAAGAUGGCAGAAAAUUUACGUGACGAAAAGAAGGGCCAAACUAAAACACCAGAACAACUAGCCAAAUGUUUUCCAAUUAUGUCAAAAUUUAUCUCACCUAAUUUGUUAUCAUUGCUUACGCGUAAAGGAAUUUUUCCAUAUCAAUGGUUAAAUAGCAAAACAAAAUUUAAUGAAACACAACUACCUUCACGUAAGGAUUUUAAUAGCGAUUUAGAUGGAUAUAAUUAUUGCGAGCAUGGGUGUGAAAACAAAGAAUUAAAAAAUUUACCUGAAGAUCAAUGGAUACUUAAUGAUGAAGGUGAGCGUGUCUUAAAAAAUACUAAAGUUAUAGGUAAGUGGAAGGAUGAGAAUGGAGGAGAUCGAGCUAUUGGCUAUGCAGGAGUUCGUGCGAAAUGCUAUAGUGUUGUGUGUGAAAAUUCACGAAAAAAUAUGAUCAAGGCUAAAGGUCUUAAAAAGUCUCUCAUCAAGAAAGAGCUUUCACAUAAAAUAUUCGAGGACUGUGUUUUAGAAGGAAAAGGGGAUCAACCACGAACUGCUCAAUUCCUCCGAAGUUACAGACAUCGAAUGUACAGAAUAAAGCAAACGAAGAGAAGUGUUAACCCAUUUGAUUCAAAAUUGUGGAUAGCUCAAAAUAAUGAAACAACAUAUUUAUUUGGGGAUUGUGAAAUUCCGGAAGAAUAA